AUGAAGCUCGAUACCAAGGCUCUCCGAUACUUGUCCCCCACUGACUGGCGAGUCCUCACUGGCGUCGAGACCGGAAGCCGUAACCACGAAGUCGUUCCCACCCCACUCAUCUCGUCCCUCUCCAAGACCGCCGCAGGUGACACCCAACGCAGCAUAUCACUACUCGCAAAAGCCAAUCUCAUUGCUAAAGUCAAGAACACAAAGUACGACGGCUAUCGGUUGACUUACGGCGGGCUGGACUACCUCGCGCUGCACUCACUGCAGAAGAGCAAUGUGGCCUACAGCGUAGGCAACCAGAUCGGCGUAGGGAAAGAGAGCGAUAUUUUCGUGGUCAGUGACGAGAAGGGCCAGCAGAGGGUGCUCAAGAUCCAUCGACUCGGGCGGGUCAGCUUCAGGAAGGGUGUCAGGAACAAGCGGGACUAUGCGCGGACACGACAGCAGAAGGAGCGCGGGGCGGGCAGCUGGAUGUACAUGAGCAGACUGGCGGCGAUGAAGGAACAUGCGUUCAUGUCAGCGCUAUAUGAUGCGGGCGUUAGUGUGCCGAUGCCGCUGGGGCAGAACAGGCAUCAGAUUGUGAUGAGUCUGGUUGAUGGGUUUCCGUUGAGGCAGGUCAAGGACGUGCCGGACCCAGCGGGGCUGUAUGCUGAGCUGUUGGAAAUUGUGGUGCAGCUGGCAGUAUUGGGGCUGAUCCACGGUGACUUCAAUGAGUUCAACAUCAUGAUAAGGGAGGAUGUGGAUGAGGGUGAAUCUGUGAAACUGGUGCCCGUGCUGAUCGACUUUCCUCAAAUGGUCAGUGUGGAUCAUGCAGAUGCGGAGAUGUACUUCGAUCGAGAUGUCCAAUGCAUCAAGCGGUUCUUCGACCGGCGGUUUGGUUUUGUCAGCGACGAGCCUGGACCUUUCUUCGAGGAUGUCAAGAAGAAUGUUGGCACCGCGGAGGCUGGUCGGCUUGAUGUGCAGGUCGAGGCGUCUGGCUUCUCAAGGAAGAUGGCGAAGGAUCUGGAGGUCUAUAUGAGAGAGCAUGGCGUGGACGGUGAUGCCAAAUCCGGCGGUGAUCACAACACCGACUCCGAUAGCGACCAGAGUGGGGACGACGAAGAUGAUGUCCAGGAAGAAGUUGAGGAUCACGCCUCACUCAUGCGAAAUGGAGUGGGUGGACUGAUCCGACAACCCCAAGCACGCACUCAUUCAUCGCCGAACCACCUGCCAGGCUCAUCUGUCAGCAUCAACAAUGACUGCGUCAAUGUCAGCGGAAACAUCGACACAAUGUUCGCACUGCGGGGCAAGCUGUGA